AUGAACAAGGAGCAGAGCACUCUACGGCGGACGGCAGCGGCACGCGUGACAGGACGAAAGAGAGGGACCCAGGGCUGUGGAGUGCAGAGCAACGCGUCGCCCGAGCCGUUCUGCGCAGCGCUCAGCGCUGGUGGAGCCGUGAGCAGCCGCUGCGUUGCUCCCUUGAGCCCUCGCCGUGGAGUCGCUGGUCCCGAGCGGCUAGCCGGUGUGGGCGUAGGGCAAUGCAUGCAGCUCGUCGGGUUUGUCGGGGCUUCUGCUGCGCGGAGUGCGUCGAGCCCCAGCCGUGUGUCACUGAACGAGUGUCAAAGCAACCGGCCGCAGGCAGCAUCAGCGCCACCAGACAAGCAGCCGACGAGGCACCUGAAGCGACUCUCGACGUCGGAGCGAGCCUGGAGAGCAUGGCGAUGCGAGGAACGGUCACUGAUGGCGACGAAAAAUGCGACCCUACAGCUGAUCGGCUUGGGCUGGAAAGACCAGCCGGGCGUCGGCGUCUGUCUGUGCACCUUCUCCGUCGGCUUGCUUCUCUCUGCUCGCUGCCCGUCUGCUGCUCGCUGGCCUCUUCCUGUUCGGCUGGCGCUGAUGAUGGCUGCAUGCAUGUUGCUGGGGCGGCCGCUUGGUGAGGUCUGGUGGAUGGCAUGA